GGAAUUACGGAAAUGUACUUUCGGUUUAACAUUCGGAAGGCCGGUCUUCCUAUAUUACUGUUUGCCUAGUAUGGCGAAAAUUGAUGCUAGCUUCUUAAAGAACUUCGAAAUUACUCAGUGUAUAUGUACCGUCCAUAGACCGACGAACAGCAGCAAUGGAGAUGUCUUUACGUGAGGAAGCAUUAACAUCGGACGUGGACUCCGACAAAUGGCGACUUCAGAGGUUCCUCAUUCUAGGUUCAGAAAGUGGUGCUUACAAAUCUGAGAAGAAAGAAUUCGUCAAAAAGGACGUUAAAUGUUUACAAAGGUUGAUUUCCCUCGGUCAUGGUCCGGAAGUUGUUGCGACCAUACGGAAGACUAAUUCUGCGGGAAGAUGUUGUCAUCGUCUACCCGUGAUGUACGCACUAGCGAUGUGUGCUCGAUCAGCAGACCCUGACACAAAGAAAGCUGCUUAUGCUGCACUCCAGGAGGUAUGUCCCGAGCCCACGGACUUACUUACCUUCGUUAUGUUCAGUGAAAUGGUGAGUGGGGGAACCGGAUGGGGUCGGGCACAACGCCGGGCUAUUUCGGACUGGUACAACAACUUAGAGGACAGGCCAAAGGAAUUAGCAAAGGGUGUUACGAAAACACCAGUUAACAACCAGUGGACCCACAGAGAUGUAAUGAGGUUGUCGCAUAUCAAAACGGAUUCUUCAUUCAUCAUGCUAGUUAUACGAUAUGUCACAAAAGGUCUUAUCGCAGCAAAGAACUUACCAUCACCAGUUGUCCCUACUGAAUCCGAACUAUGGCGGGACAUCAUAAUGUAUUUCGAAAUAGUUGAGGAAACGAAACAAUUUACUGGAAGCAUGGAUAUCGAAGGAAAGCCUGAAAUCAUCGAUAAACAUCGGCUAGAACCCUGUCAUUUGUCUACAGCUCUUCUCCGUUCGACACCUGUAUGGAAUGUUUUACUGAAGCACAUUCCUCUUGAUCAGGUCAUUCAGAAUAUUUCGAAGAUAGAGAACGUUUCUGACAAGAAAACAGUUUUAGACCGUUUGGAAGACAAGGAAGAGCUUCAAAAGGCAAACGUGAACCCAUUCGCAGUCGUGGUUGCUAUGAAAGAAACAGAAGAUGAAGAUGUGAAGAAAACUUUAGGACGAUCAUUUGACCUUUGCGUCCGAAACCUAAAACCUACCAACAAGAAAUACUCUGUGGUCAUAUGGGUUGGUGACAAAAUAGAUUCUGAUCUGGAGGGAAAGAAGUCGGUGACUGCAAGGGAUGCCAUAUCUACGUUAGCGGUUUCUAUUGCAAAAGCAUCACAUCACGACUCCGAAAUCGUAACGUACUUGUCUGAGGAAAAGAUGAAACUGGUUAUCCCUGACACAAGCACUCUCGAAUACAUGUCCAAACAGACACGCUUCAGUGACAUGAAUACGAAAUACACCCAGCUUGUGUAUCACGUAGAAAAAUCCGUGAAGUCAUUCGAUGCCGUAGUAAUAGUGAUGUAUACCCAAGAUGAGGAUUUCAAACGAAGAUUAUCCAAGCUAUAUUCACGACACCGACACAGUCAGGCUGGUAAUUAUUGUCAACAUGGUCUCCAGUGACGUCGCAGUGGUAGAUCCAAGAAACCCGUACAUGCUGGACGUGUUGGGGUUCAGCGUCAAUACCACUGAAGGCAUCAUGCGGUUUGUCGAAGGAUGUUAAGAGGAAAAUUAUAUUUCUUUAAAUCAUCGGCUAUGAAUUUGAUAACGGAGAACUAUUCCAUACUCUUAUUAUCAUUAUGUAGAUUUUCCAUAUAUUUACAACGCCGAUAAUGUAUUAAAUACAGAAGACUAUUACACAUUAUUAUUACGUAUCUUUAAUGUUUUUCAAUAAUUCAUUAAAGGACAUAUUCACUUUUCCUUUAUCAUUAUGCAGUUUAUCUACAUAUUUUUACAUCGUCGAUAAUUCAUUGAACAUAGAAGGAACUGCAUGUACUUCACAUGAUCACAUCAUGUUUUAAAUAUUUUGUUACUUAAAAGGAUAUACGUAAAUGUAGUUUUGGGUAUUCACUAUCGAUAAUAUAUACGAUGGUAUCCAAGAGACAUUAAUACAUACGAAUAGAGAAUGUCUAUAUCCAUACAUAUGACAGCUGUCAAUGUUUAUUUUACGAAGCAUAUUGCUUAAUUUGAAAAAGUACCCAUAGACAAGGGACUUUAUUUGUGUAAUGCUUUAUGUGAAUAAUUUUCAUCAAUAAAAGUGUGUUAACAUUUUUAAA